AUGUUUCACUCCUUGGUCCGCCGCUAUGCCCUCCCUCCUCCGACCCAACUCCUCCGCGUCUUCUUCUCCACCGUCACUUCUGUCUCCUCUUCAGGCGCUACCGCUUCUACCGAUACGCACUUCCCGGUCGAUUACCUCGUGGAUACAUGCGGGUUCUCCGCCAAGGAUGCUUCCAAGUUCUCAAAGAAGCUCUCCCGCUGUCAGUCCACCGAGAGAGCCGACGCCGUUCUUGGAUUCCUCAGAUCUCGGGGCCUAGAUGGCGCUAAUAUCAGAAAGCUAAUAUCUUGGAGGCCAGUAUUGCUCGGCUGUAAUGUGGAGACGAACCUCGCUCCGAAGUUCAAUUUUUUGCGCGACAUGGGGUUCUCUGAGUCCGACGUCGUCAAUGUCGUUAUGCGGCAACCCUUCAUCAUUUGGCUCAACGUCCAGAACACGCUUCUUCCCAGAUUGAAGGUUUGGGAAAGUUUAUUUGGAUCGAAGGAGAUCCUCCUCAAGAAUCUCCGGAAUUGCGGAUUUUUUUUUAGCAGCAACAUUGAGAAUGUACUACACCCCAACAUGAAAUUCUUACGGGAUGAAUGUGGUAUUUCUGAAAAGCGGGUUUCUCUUAUCAUUAAAUUUCACCCGAGCUUCAUCAUGCUGAACCCAGACGCCCUCCGGGCUCUGGUAGAUAGAGUUGAGGGGAUUGGAAUUACCCGGGAAUCUAGAAUGUUCCUCUGGAUCCUUGAUGUGCUGCACGGGGUCAGCAGGGAAAAAUUUGAGGCCCAUGUCAAGCUCAUGAACAAUUUUGGCUGGUCAAAUUCGGAUUUCAAUACUGCAGUCAAGAAACAACCAAGUUUUCUAAAGCUUUCCACAGAGUCAUUGCUGGGAAAGAUGGAAUUUUUGGUCAAGGAUGUUGGGAUUGCACCUUUAGACAUUGCUUACCACCCGAAGCCUUUAGCAUUAAGUUUGGAAAAGAGGUUGAUUCCUCGAUUUCGUGUGAUGGAGAUAUUGAAAUCUGAAGGGUUAUGGAAGUCAACAAACAAGCUACAUGGAUUUUUCUCAUCAUCUGGUCCAUAUUUUUUGCAGAAGUAUGUGCUCCCUUACCAAGAUAAAUUACCCAAACUGCAUGAAGUCUUGUGA